GGCAACGAUAUCAUUUGACAAUUUUUGUCGUCUGUCAUCAUGGGAUUACUAAAUUUAAAAACAUCUCUUUUACCACUGCAUAAGAUAUGUAAACAACUUUCAGGUCUUCGCUGGACGCAUAACGAUGUUGUCAUUGUGUCAGCUGUGCGGACCCCUAUUGGUUCCUUUCGCAGUUCAUUGGCUUCACUGACAGCUUCAAGGCUUGGAGCAAUUGCUGUAGAAGGUGCUGUAGAAAAAGCAGGUAUAUCGAAAGAAGAUGUUCAGGAAGUGUAUAUGGGGCAAGUACUUCAGGCUGGUGCAGGUCAGGCACCUGCACGUCAAGCUGCUCUGGGUGCUGGUCUUCAAAUUUCAACUCCUUGUACAACUGUAAAUAAAGUUUGUGCAUCUGGCAUGAAAGCUAUUAUGCUUGCUGCUCAAAAUCUUAUGCUGGGACAUCAGGAAAUAAUGGUAGCUGGAGGGAUGGAGAGUAUGUCUAAUUCACCAUAUUAUUUAGCACGUGGGGAGACACCCUAUGGUGGUGUGCAUCUUCUGGAUGGUCUCGUACAAGAUGGUUUGAUUGAUGCUUACAAAAAAAUUCACAUGGGAGUUUGUGGUGAAAAUACAGCUAAAAAAAUGGAUAUAACAAGACAUCAGCAGGAUGAAUUUGCAGUUAAUAGUUAUAAAAAAACUGCCAAAGCAGUUGAGAGUGGUUUAUUCAAAAAUCAAAUUAUACCAGUGACUGUUCCAGGAAAAAGGGGGAAGCCUGAUGUUGUUGUGAAUGAAGAUGAAGAAUAUAAAAGAGUAAAUUUUGAUAAAGUUCCAAAGCUACCUACUGUAUUUCAAAAGGAAAAUGGAACUAUAACAGCUGCAAAUGCCAGUACAAUUAAUGAUGGAGCAGCAGCAUGUGUGUUAAUGACCACGGAAGCAGCUAAAAGAAUGAAAGUUAAACCUUUGGCCAAAAUUAUUGGUUUUGCUGAUGCUGCUGUGGAUCCCAUAGAUUUUCCCAUUUCUCCUGCAUUUGCUAUUCCAAAGGUCCUGGGGAAAACUGGAUUGAAAAUUGAAGAUAUAGCUUUGUGGGAAAUAAAUGAAGCUUUUAGUGUUGUUGUUCUAGCAAAUAUCAAAAUGUUAAAUUUAGAUCCUGAAAAAGUUAAUGUGAAUGGCGGAGCUGUCAGUUUGGGUCAUCCUAUUGGAAUGUCUGGUACAAGAAUAGUGAAUCAUUUAGUUCAUGUGUUAUCUCCUAACCAGUAUGGAUUGGCUUCUAUUUGUAAUGGUGGUGGUGGUGCAUCAGCUAUUCUCAUACAAAAAUUGUAAAUAAUUUAUAGUGCUGAACUCUGUUAUUAAAAAAAUAAUCUUAUAUAUUUUUUGUAUGGAAUAUUUUUGUGCCAUUAAAAAUGAAUAGUUUUUAUAUAUAUUAUUGUCUUAAGUAAUUUUUAUUUAAAUCAGUUUUCUUUUAGCAGUUAUUUGGUUCUGAUCUAUUGAGAUUGAUGUUUUGUUGAGUUUUCAUUCUCUGCUUGAAAUUUAGAAGACUCUUUUUUUUUCCUUUGUUGAUAGUCCCAAAAUUGACAAGUAGGUAUUGAACAAUUAGUUGUUGCUGUGGCUUUCACCCAGUCUACUAAUCUUAACUGUUGAAUAGCCUGUGUGGGUGAGCAAAAUGUUCCAAAGAAAUUGCAUCAAAACAAAAAUAGUGUCCCCCCUCAUGCCCCUGCUCUCCAUCUUGAUAACAGAUGAUAUGACUACUCUGUAGUGUUCAAGUUUUUCAUUACAAGAUGAGUUGCCAAAACAACCAAUGAUCUGAAACUUGAUGUCUUGGGUCUUUUUUUCCCCAAUUUCCUUUAAAAA